AUGGUGAACGAGCUCGACGGACCUGGUCCAUUCGGACCCGUAGUCAACGGAACACAGAUUGUUUUCUACAAUUACCGACCGAAUGGAGGGGCAGGGUGGGCGUUUCUCGUCAUUUUUGGGCUCGGUGUACUUGUUCACGUCAGCUACGUGUUCUGGCUAAGAGCAUGCCAUUUCAUACCCUUCAUAUUGGGAGGCGUUGGCGAAGCAUUUGGUUAUUAUGGACGCGCAAAGGCUCAUGAGAACCCCAUUGUAGCUGGGCCAUACAUUUUACAGAAUCUCUUGAUUCUCGGAUCUCCACCGCUUUUCGCCGCGACUAUUUACAUGAGUCUCGGCCGCAUCAUAAUCGCCCUCGAUCUCCGUCGCCACGCCCUUGUCAGUCCGCGUCUCACGGCCUUCUUUUACGUCAUCAUCGACAUUGGUUGUUUCGUAACCCAAGUCUUUCGCGCCGUCAUGCCCGCCUCGGGAGAUCCUGAAGGUAUAAAGAUGGGAAAGACCCUCAUCAUGUCUGGUCUUGCGGCCCAACUCGGCGUCAUCACCCUGUUCGUGCUUUCCUGCUGGCACUCUCAUACCUGUGCUCGACGCGAGGCGAACGAUCUGAACGCGACGAGGGCGGGCAUCGCGUGGAGGAAGUACUACCUGAUGACGUACGGCGUCGCCUCUCUCAUGUUUUUGAGAAGUUUGGUUAGGGGUAUCGAAUACUUCCAGGGCGAGAAAUGGUACAUCAUGACCCAUGAGAUAUUCUUGUAUCUCUUUGAUGCCGUUCCCAUGGUGACGAUUAUGGCCUUGUAUCUCUGGAUCCAUCCUGGAAGAUUGGUUCGACACGUUGGCCGCGUCAAGAACUACACUUGGCCUGAUGAGGCCAAUAUCAUGCUCGAGAGACGGUGA